GCUUGUCAUUUCUAGCUGUCAGUUGCUGUUCACGUAAAACGCUAAUAAUCAUUUUUCUCUGAAAGGACAAUAUAUUUACGUUUUCCAAUUUCGCUUGUAAUCAUUCAGGUAACCAAAAUUAUUCUUUUAUUUUUCAACCUAAGGUACAUUUGACUACCAAAAAUUUACUCACGGUUUCAGGUUCUUACAUUCAAAAUUGAUCAAUAUGCCAGAUCAUCUAGGGGAUGAUAUGCGGAAAAUUAAGUCCGACAGCAAAGAAGUUGAACCGGAAAUUGAAGCUCUUGAUGACGUGGAUAUUGAGUUGUUAAAAACCUACGGGCAAGGUCAGUAUCACAAGGCCAUAAAACAAAUUGAGGAAGACAUACAGAAAGCUAUCAAGCAAGUCAAUGAAUUAACUGGUAUUAAGGAGAGUGAUACAGGUUUGGCUCCGCCUGCGCUUUGGGAUCUUGCGGCUGAUAAGCAAAUUCUACAAAAUGAGCAACCAUUACAGGUCGCACGUUGUACUAAAAUAAUCAAUGCUGAUUCGGACGAUCCAAAAUAUAUUAUCAAUGUGAAACAAUUUGCAAAAUUCGUCGUUGACUUAGCUGAUUCUGUUGCACCAACCGAUAUUGAGGAAGGAAUGCGUGUUGGGGUUGAUCGCAACAAAUAUCAGAUUCAUAUUCCUCUUCCUCCAAAAAUAGAUCCAACAGUAACAAUGAUGCAAGUGGAGGAAAAACCGGACGUUACUUAUAGUGACGUUGGAGGGUGCAAAGAACAAAUAGAAAAGUUACGUGAAGUUGUUGAAACUCCAUUGUUGCAUCCGGAAAAAUUUGUCAAUCUUGGCAUUGAACCACCAAAAGGUGUUUUGCUGUUUGGUCCUCCAGGCACUGGGAAAACUUUGUGUGCAAGAGCUGUAGCAAAUCGCACUGAUGCUUGCUUUAUUCGUGUUAUUGGGUCAGAAUUAGUCCAAAAAUAUGUCGGCGAAGGAGCUCGUAUGGUACGUGAGUUGUUUGAAAUGGCUCGUUCGAAAAAAGCUUGUCUUAUUUUCUUUGAUGAGAUUGACGCCAUAGGAGGUGCACGUUUUGACGAUGGUGCUGGAGGUGACAAUGAAGUACAGAGAACUAUGUUAGAGCUAAUCAAUCAGUUGGAUGGUUUCGAUCCGCGGGGAAACAUAAAGGUUCUAAUGGCAACAAACCGACCGGACACUCUGGAUCCGGCUCUAAUGCGACCAGGAAGAUUGGAUCGUAAGGUAGAAUUUGGCCUUCCAGAUUUGGAAGGAAGAACGCACAUUUUUAAAAUUCAUGCUCGAUCAAUGUCAGUUGAAAGAGAUAUUCGUUUCGAAUUACUUGCUCGUUUGUGUCCUAAUUCCACUGGUGCAGAAAUUCGUUCGGUUUGCACAGAAGCUGGUAUGUUCGCUAUUAGAGCCAGACGCAAAGUUGCAACGGAGAAAGAUUUCCUCGAGGCAGUGAAUAAAGUCAUUAAAAGUUAUGCGAAAUUCAGCGCUACUCCUAGAUAUAUGACAUAUAAUUGAAUGGGUUAUUUAAUGUGUACCAUUAUCGCUUUUGUGUUCCAUAAAUAAAAAAAACAAUGUCGA